GCCGCCGCCGUUUGAUGGAUCCGAGGAUCGCCUGGUUCCAGCCAGAGCAGCUCGGACCGUCCAACAGUCUGUGGAUGCAGAUCUGGGAGACGACCCAGGGGCUGAGGAACCUCUACUUCAACCACCACUGUCACAGCAGCGGCGGCGCGAGCGGCGGCGGCGGCGGCGGCGGCAGCAGCACGGCCACCGGCGGGAGCGGCAGCAGCACCGGCAGCCCCGGCGGCGCGGCCCCGGCCCCGGCCGGCAUGUACCGCUCCGGGGAGCGCCUGCUGGGCGGCCACGCGCUGCCCGCGGAGCAGCGGGACUUCCUGCCCCUGGAGACGACCAACAACAACAACAACCACCACCAGCCGGCGGCCUGGGCCCGCCGGGCGGCUGCGGGCCCCUCGGCGUCCUCGUCCCCCUCGGCGGCGGCCGCGUCCCCGCACCCCUCGGCCGCCUCGUCGGCCGCCGAGCCCAGCGACCCGGCCUCGGGCAGCAGCAACAAGAGGAAGCGCGACAACAAGGCCAGCACCUACGGACUCAACUACAGCCUGCUGCAGCCCAGCGGCGGGCGGGCCGCGGGGGGCGGCCGGGCCGACGGCGGCGGGGGCGUGUACAGCGGGACCCCGUGGAAGCGGAGGAACUACAACCAGGGAGUCGUGGGCCUGCAUGAAGAAAUCAGUGAUUUUUAUGAGUACAUGUCCCCAAGACCCGAGGAGGAGAAGAUGCGCAUGGAGGUGGUGAACAGGAUCGAGAGCGUGAUCAAGGAGCUGUGGCCCAGCGCUGAUGUCCAGAUAUUUGGAAGUUUUAAAACCGGCCUGUAUUUACCUACUAGCGACAUCGACCUCGUGGUGUUUGGGAAGUGGGAGAACCUGCCCCUCUGGACCCUGGAGGAAGCGCUUCGGAAACACAAAGUUGCAGAUGAGGACUCUGUGAAAGUUCUAGACAAAGCAACUGUACCUAUUAUUAAAUUAACAGAUUCUUUUACCGAAGUGAAAGUUGAUAUCAGCUUUAAUGUACAGAACGGCGUGAGAGCAGCCGACCUCAUCAAAGAUUUUACCAAGAAAUAUCCUGUAUUGCCCUACUUGGUUUUAGUAUUGAAACAAUUCUUACUCCAGCGGGACCUUAAUGAAGUAUUCACAGGUGGAAUUGGUUCUUACAGUCUCUUUUUAAUGGCGGUCAGUUUCCUUCAGUUACACCCCAGGGAAGAUGCCUGCAUCCCCAAUACAAACUAUGGUGUUCUCUUGAUAGAAUUUUUUGAAUUAUAUGGACGACACUUCAAUUAUUUAAAGACUGGCAUCCGGAUAAAGGAUGGUGGUUCAUACGUGGCCAAAGAUGAAGUACAGAAAAAUAUGCUGGAUGGCUACCGGCCGUCCAUGCUCUACAUCGAGGAUCCUUUGCAGCCAGGGAACGAUGUCGGAAGGAGUUCCUAUGGGGCCAUGCAAGUGAAGCAGGCCUUCGAUUAUGCCUACGUCGUGUUGAGUCAUGCCGUAUCGCCAAUAGCAAAGUACUAUCCCAACAACGAGACGGAGAGCAUAUUAGGUAGAAUAAUUAGAGUAACGGAUGAAGUCGCCACGUACAGAGACUGGAUCUCAAAGCAGUGGGGCUUGCAGAACAGGCCCGAGCCCUCGUGCAAUGGAAACGGUGUUACCUUGAUAGUAGAUACUCAGCAGUUAGAUAAAUGUAACAAUAAUCUGUCUGACGACAAUGACGCCCUUGGAAAAUGUAGAAGUAAGACCUCGGAGCCUCUUAGUAAACACUCUUCAAACUCUUCAUCAGGUCCAGUGUCGUCGUCCUCCGCCACGCAGUCCAGCUCUAGCGACGUAGAUUCAGACGCGACGCCAUGCAAAACCCCAAAACAGCUGCUCUGCCGUCCAUCCACUGGGACCCGGGUAGGGUCACAAGAUGUGUCUUUGGAGCCAGCACAGGCAGCUGGGAAAACGCAGAGCACCCAAACCACCAACACACCCAGCAGCACCAACAAAUCACAGCACGGGGCAGCAAGGCUCUUCCGUUCUUCCAGCAAAGGCUUUCAAGGUACAGCUCCAACAAGCCAUGGUUCCUUGAUGACAAACAAGCCGCAUCAAGGCAAAUCCAAUAGUCAGUAUUACCAUGGCAAAAAGAGGAGACACAAGAGGGACGCGGCCCUGUCCGACCUGUGCAGAUAGUCGGCGCCGGGCGGCGGACCGGCUUCUGUGUGCAGUGACCCGCGCUCAGGACAGGUGCGCAGGGACUCCUGGGGCCAGCCAGGAGCCGCACGCCGUCAGACACUGAUUUAGCAACUGCGUUUUUUCCCAGCUCGCCACGGAAUGGAUCAUGAAGACUGACAACCGCAAAAGCAAAAAGCAAGCAAAAACGGGGAAAAAAAAAAAAAAGGCUGCUCAUUUGAUAAGUCACGUGCUACAACAGGGUCAUUUUGAGGUUUAAAGCUUGAAUGUAAAAUAAAUCUAUUUCUCAUUGGCUUUAUGCAGAGUUCUAGGGGAUAGUAUUCAGUGUGGGUAGGGAGGUAGAAGCAGAAGGCGGUUCAGAGGAGGGGUGGGAAGGGCCAACAGUAUCCUAUAGGAAGUCCAGAUUCCAGCGGGGAAGUGCUCUGUGCAUGUUGGGGUUUGGUUUUUUGUUUUGUUUUUUUUUUUUUAAAUAUUUUUGCAUAUAUUUGCCAUUUUAUUGUGUGUACAUAUAGAAGACCAUAUAGGAAAUUGAUAUUUGUAAUAGUGGGUUUGUUAAUACUUUUUACAUAACAUUACUGUUUAAAUUGUAAACAGGUUUUUUUCUCAGGAUUAGUUUGAAGAAUCUGACUUGUCAUCCUAACAUCCACAUGUAGGGAAGUGCUUAGCUCUCUUGCCCGUUCGUUUUCCUCCACAUCGAAAUGACUUCAUAGAACCCUUGUGGCCUGCUGCAGAAAUUUUUUCCUCUAAAGAAAAGGUUUAUGGUGGCAAAUGACAUUUAUUUUAUUUUGUAAAAAAAAAAAAAAAAAAAAUGUACUGUGUACUUGACGUGAACACUGACAAAUCCGGAGCCAGCGGCGUCUGUGGUGCUGUCAUCCUGGGCAGGGGCAGUGGCGCGGCCUCGUGUCUGUUUCCCCGGCAGUGUCCCCACCCCUUCCUGAUAGGGAGAGAGAGAGAGAGAGAGAGAGAGAAAGGCUGCCCGCACCUGUGCGGUGACGCCCGCGCGCGCAGACCUUGCAUGCUGGCUCCCCCGGCUCCCCGGCUCCCCCGGUCCCCUGGCCCAUGUGUGUGCGUCUCUCAUCUCCCCCUCCUCUUCACAUCCAUGCUUCACGACUGUGGGAGAGAGUAACUGUAAACAGCUUUAAUUAAAUCAUACUUCUAAAAAAAACUAUUUUCUUAUACUCCACUUUAUGCUUUUGGUAUUGUUGAUCUUUAAAAAUUAAAUGGUCUUUGAUAAUGGAUCUAUUUUGUAUUGCCUUAUUAAGACCAAAUACUUCUUGUCAUCCCUUUCUUUAGCCUCUCCUUUCAUGGAAUUGUUACCUUUAAUUAAAACUUUUUUAAACAUUGGCUUGUUUUAAUCAUACUGUAAAUUUUGGUUGUAGUCAGCUCUGAGUGCAAAUGAGAUGUAUCCUUGUGUUACUCACUACCCGUGGAGUCCGAAUCUCAGGCGGGAGUUCACUGCGGAAUGUAAGCGCGAGUUGUGAAAACAGACGCCUUCCGUCAGGGUGCAAGCUCUUACGUUUGGCAUCAGUGUGCGUGGCUCUGUUAAAUGCAGCCAUUUCGGAGAUGAGAUUCUUUUAUAUAUAUAUAUAAAUAUAUAUAAAUACAUAUAAAGUACUAUUGGCUUUUAGGAAUUUCUUUUAUAUACAUUUAUGAAAUAUUGAAGACCAAUCAGACCAUGAAUGGACACUUAGUGCAAUUUUUUAUAAAGAAAAUAAUGCUAAAGUAAGACCAAAACUGAUGUCAUCACUGAAAUUAAUUUUCACUCUGUUCGUAUUUUAAUUCACAACGGAAAAAUGUGUUCCAAAACUGGAAACUCAUAGUACUUGUGUAAAGCGUGGAAGAUUUUAAAUGUGAUGUUCUUUUGACAAUGUUUUAAAUUUUGGAGUCACAUUUUAUUCUGAUCAGGAUUUUUAUCAAGAUGUCGAGCUUUUGUUUUUUGAAGCUAGUUUGUCAUAACAUUGUGCCUAAUCACAGUAUUUAUUUUCUAGGACUAUUGUGAAUGUGUAGACUUAUGUUUACUGCUAAGGGAACAAUUAUUUAUAAAGUAAUAUUAAAUCCAGUAUUAGCUGCCUCUUUCAAACACUUACUACUUGCAGAGAUCCAUGUUACAUUCACCACACGGAACUUUUUUUUUUUAAAGAAUCACCCUCAUUGUCGAAAGUUAAUGUACUCUUAGGGUGCGAAUAUUCGUGUUCCAAUAAGCAUGUAAUUAUAUUAAGGUGGUGGUAGCGGGAAGAUCAUCUUGAUUCCAUUGGGAAUCUUAGGUUUUCGUAAAUUUAUUGGGAAAAUAGUUUUUCCUGUACUGCUGAAGUUUCUUUUUGGUAAACAGUAUCUUUCUAAAAGAAAAAAAAGCAUGAAGGAGAAAUUGAGGUGUGUAUCCAUUUCCUCAGAUGACCAGCGUUGUACUCGUGAAUACUGUGUAUCUUGCAAUGAACAGUGUGGAAGCUGCUCAUUUUUCAAUCUGAAGUAAAAUACUUUCAAGAACUUUUA